AUGCGCUUACGUGAGGAGUAUGAGAUCAAAUAUGGUGGUAUCGGUACUGGUGAACUUCAAAAUCCUUACAUACCACAGGAUGAUAAUGCCGACACUGUCAACUCGGCAAAUGGAUCAGUAAAGGAAUACCUUUCCAUCAUUGAAAGUAUGUUCAACAAGCUUGUUGAGGAUAACCAUUUGUUUGAAUCAAAACUUGGAGAAGCAAUCGAAAGGCAUCCUCUUAUUUGUGAUUUCUACGAAUGGAAAGCCAAGAUCAAAAUCUUCCUGAAUGAAGCAUCCGGGAAAUAUGGAGGUGGCACUUUUACUGAUGCAAGCAACAUUGGACCUUUAUCCCAAUGGUGGUUAGACAACGCAUAA